GACUAUGUACCUGCCUUGUGAAUAAGGAACCUGCUGCUUGAAAGUUCUACAGAAUGUAGUCUUUCUCUCUCUCUUCAGCUUGAAGGCUGAGCAGAAUUUUUGAAGGCUCUUCUGCAAGCCUGGAAGCGCAGCUUGCGUGAGGGUCCCAGAGAAGCUUUUGAGGAGGGAGGGCAUUUCUCAGCAGGAACAUGGAUUCUGUGACACACCGCAUUCCAAUGUCAUCUGUAAACUAUUUGACCUACAAGGGAAUCUCUUUCCCUUCAUAUGGAUAUGAUGUGGAGACGCUCAGCCAUGUGGGAAAUGAAUUCCAACUGUUGGACAGUGAUGUAGUGAACCUUGCUUACCUCAAGUCAGGUACCAAUUGGAUGCAGGAGAUUUUGGGCUUGAUUUGGCAUGAUGGGGACCCAUCAUGGGUUCAAAGUGUGCAUGUGGGGAUUCGUUCACCAUGGAUUGAGACUGUUUUUGGCCUGAAGACUGCACUAGAGAUUCCUCCACCCAGACUCUUGGCUUCUCACCUGCCAUUUCAGCUCUUCCCGAAGUCUUUCCUCCACUCCAAGGCCAAGGUGAUCUACACCAUGCGGAAUCCCAAGGAUGUGCUCAUCUCAUACUAUCAUCAUUCCUACCUCUUUAAAUUGUUUAAGGACCCUGGAAGUCUGGAAGAAUUCCUGGAGGAAUUUCUGAAUGGGAAUGUGCCCUAUGGCUCCUGGUUUGACCAUGUGAAAAACUGGCUGGAGAUGAAGGACAAGCCCAACUUCUUCUAUAUCACCUAUGAAGAGCUGCAGCAGGACCUCCGUGGCAGUGUGGAGCGGAUCUGCUCCUUCCUUGGCAAGGAGCUGAACAGCCAGCAAAUUGAUUCCGUGGUGGAAAACGCCUCCUUUCACAAGAUGAAGGACAAUAAGAUGUCCAACUUCACCCAGGUGCCAGAGGAACUGAUUGACCACAAGAAAGGGACCUUCAUGAGGAAAGGGAUCACUGGGGACUGGAAGAACCACCUGACCGUGGCACAGAGUGAGCGCUUCGACUGUGCUUACCAAGAGAAGAUGCGGGGCGUGCACAUGAGCUUCCCAUGGGAAUAAAGAGUCCAUGAUCUUCCUCAUUCUUUUUGUUUCCAGCACUCUACCUCUCCUUCAGGUGUGGCUCCUCCCCUUAAUAAACAGCAUUCUUUG